GGCUGUGUGUGUGUGUGUGUGUGUGGCACUCCCCUAACACCCUGAUCAGCUGCUUGCACUGUCUGCCGUGCAAACCAUGGUUAUGUAGGGUUGAUGCUGAGCUGAGAGAAGGAGUGCAGAGCUGUGAUGUGGAUGUAGCAGUGCUGCCAGCAGGCACUGCACACUGAAGUCAGUCUGGAAGACAACACUGAUUGCAAUACAUCGGAACGGGCUCGCUUAUAGACUGAGGAGAAUCCAAAGCCAUUUGUAACUCAGGCUCAAUCGCACAAUGAACAAAUUCACACUUGGAAUCAUCGUUCUAGUUCUACUGCUGAUGUUUGCAGAUGGUGUAAAGCCAAAGGCAAGGAGAGGCAAAAAGCAAAGCGUGGCCCAGAUAGACUGUGACAUCCGAGCUGGAAAAAUUAAGGUGCCAGAGUUCAUUGCCAAAUGCUCACCAGGAUGUCUCAGUACAAAGCAAGCCGUGUGGGGCACGGACGUCUAUGCAUCUGUUUCCAGCGUGUGUGGCGCAGCUAUACACAGUGGCAUCAUUGACAACAAUGGAGGAAAGAUCCAUGUGCGUAAAGUGCCGAGUAAGCCAAAUUACAGAGGAAGCUUUUCCAAUGGUAUUCGUUCCUUGUCACUUCCUAGAUGGAAAGAAUCCUUUGUGGUCUCAGAGCCUAAACAGCAGAAAGGAGUCACUUAUCCAUCCAUCCAUGAAUUUCUACCCUCAAGAAAGUCAACAGUAAGGACAGAGAGAUUGAAACCAACCGCAGCCCCAGCCACCACUAGAGCACCAGUCAUCACCACCAAGACACCAACCACCAGAGUACCAACUACUACCAAGGCACCCACAACAACACCUAAACCAACCAGCACCACCCAGCACCCAACGCCAUCUCAGCCACUCUUGUAUGAACUGAGAGAAGUAGGUUACAGUGACAGAAUCCCAAAUGCUGCCUCUUUGAAACUUCCAGCAAUUUCAAGUCAGUCUCACUCUUUAUAUGGAAAAGGGCAGCAUCCAGGGUUCAGAGGUGCAGCAGUGACUGAAUUCACAAACAGGAACUACCCCCGUGUAAAUGCAGGCAUUCGCCGACAGAACCCAGGAGUUCCAUUCCGCAGCCCGGCAAGAUCACCUGUUAAUCCUGGGUUUACACAACCAAAACAGAUAUCAGGGCAGAGACCUGAAUGGCCAGGUCUUCAGUCACGGCAGAAAGAUAGUGGUGGCAUAGCAACAGAUUCCGCAUACACCUGGACUGAAGUGGAAACGUAUCAGAACCCAGCUUACAGCGCCAGACCACUGUCAUCCGAUUAUGACAAGUGGAUCCACAGCCUUGGUGGGAGCAAUCACAGACCUCAAGAUCCAAAUUUAUGGCGAUUGCAAGCCGAAUCCAUGGACAGAAAUCACAACACGGAUGAAACAGAUACUGGUUUCUGGAACUCUGACUUACAACCCUUCAACAUAAGGGGUUUCAACACAGGGGAUGGAGAUUUGGGACAUAUUAUAGAAGAUCCUGCUUCCCAAGGAGAUCCAAACUGCAAGAUUGAUAUUGCCUUCCUGUUGGAUGGAAGUUGGAGCAUAGGAAAACGCAGGUUCAAGAUCCAAAAGAAAUUCCUAUUGGAUUUUGUUCAAGAACUUAAUGUGGGGGUUGCAGGCCCACUGAUGGGCAUUAUUCAAUAUGGAGAUAAUGCUACAACAGAGUUCAACCUAAAGACUUACAGAAAUUCCAACUUCCUUAAACGUGCCAUUGGAAAAAUUCCACAGAAAGGUGGCCUUUCCAAUGUCGGCAGAGCGCUGACACACACCAGCCAGCAUUUCUUUUCCAAUGGGAAUGGGAAUCGAGGAGCUGCCCCUAACGUGAUUGUGAUUCUUGUGGACGGAUGGCCAACGGAUAAGGUUGAAGAAGCGUCUCGCCUUGCCAGAGAAUCUGGCAUCAACAUCUUUUUUAUCACCAUAGAAGGACCGGUUGACAAUGAAAUGAACAGCGUUGUUGAACCAAACUUUGUGGACAAGUCUGUGUGCAGAACCAACGGAUACUUUUCAAUCAAUGUCCCCAGUUGGUUUAAGCUGCACCAGGUGGUCAGGCCACUGGUUAAACGUGUAUGUACCACCAACCGCUUAGUGUGCAGCAAAACAUGCCUGAACUCUGCUGACAUCGGAUUUGUGAUUGACGGCUCAAGCAGUGUAGGAACUGACAACUUCAGGACCGUCCUGCAGUUUGUAGCUAACAUGACCAAGGAGUUUGAAAUCUCAGAUACGGACACUCGGAUCGGGGCCUUGCAGUAUACAUAUGAACAAAGGCUGGAGUUUGGAUUUGGAGAGCACAAUACAAAGGAAGAAGUGAUCAGGGCCAUCAAAAAUAUACGGUACUGGAGCGGUGGGACAAGCACUGGGGCAGCCAUCAGUUAUGCAUCCGAGCAGCUCUUCAGUAAAUCCAAACCAAACAAAAGAAAACUGAUGAUCGUCAUCACAGAUGGAAGGUCUUAUGACGAUGUCCGAACACCAGCACUUGCUGCGCAAAGAAAUGGAGUGAUAGCAUAUGCUAUUGGCAUAGCCUGGGCAGCAGUUGAUGAACUGGAAUACAUAGCAACAGAUCCUGAUAAAGACCAUUCAUUUUUUGUAGAUGAGUUUGAUAAUCUGUAUAAAUUUGUGUCUCAAAUUGUACAAAAUAUAUGUCAGGAAUUCAAUUCACAGCCACGUAACUAAGGAAGCCCUUCAAGUUGUUUUGGAUCAUUUCAACUAUCACAAUACAACACUUCUUUGAUACAUUCUUUUUGAAUUGCAAGUACAGCAUUUAAAAUGUUAGUUCAGCUCUCCAGUUAGCAAGCAAGGCUUUGUUCUGCAUUUUCAAGAUUUCUGUAGAAACAGCAUUUUAUAGACAUAUGUAAAGCACUUAGAAAUCUAAUUAAAUAUGGUAUAAUGUGUUCUUUAAAAAGCAAGACAGUCUGCCUUCACAGAGCUAUAUCUGCUAAUAUUUACAUUACAAUGACUUUAGUAAGACAUGUCUCUUAUUGAAUGAUUAAAAGCUGCAAAAUGAGCUACUUUGUGUAAGAUAAUGUACAGUUAUUUUAUUUACUAAAACGAAAUGUUGAAUAUAUGCACAGUAUUCAUGAAUGUUUCUAGAAUAAGGCCCAGGGUUGGGCUUCACAGCAUCAUAUGACUGUAUUGCUGAGUGGAUUUAUAUACAAUACCAAAUAAAUAGUUACAGAUUCAUUUUUA